AUGCAGCAGCACCUCGUGGGCCAGCUGGGCAGCCGCCUGCAGGCCUACGCGCAGCUCCAGCGGCGCCUCGACAACCUCGAGAACCUGCUCAGGAACAGGAACUUCUGGCUGCUGCGCCUGCCGCCCGGCGCCCGCGGCGAGGUGCCCAAGGUGCCGGUGACGUUUGACGACGUGUCUGUGCACUUCAACGAGCAGGAGUGGGAGCGCCUGGACGGCUGGCAGAAGGAGCUCUACAAGGCGGUCAUGAGGGGCAACUAUGAGACCCUGGUGUCACUGGGUAAGGAGCAGGAGGCGGCGCGGGGAGGAGAUGAGGUCUCCAUGGAGGCUGACACGGAGCUGCCCAUCCUGGUGAUGAACGUCACGUCCCUGAGCGCGCAGGAGGAGCCGCCGGGCAGGCAGGACCGGCCGGAGGCGGAGGAGGGCCCGGCUGAGCCCAGCGCCGACGGGGGCUUCUCACCAAAGAACGAGCUGGCGAGCGGCGGUGCUGACAAGGUGGAGGUGAAGGAGGAGGAGCCCGAGGCGCCGCAGGAGCUUCCCACGCCGCCGCGCGCCCUCAGGAUGCAGAAGUGCCCCAAGAAGGAGGAGGCGAAGGCCAAGAGCAAGAGGAAGGGCGGCAGGUGCCCCGCGGGCAGCGUGCUGGUGGGGCCGUCGCCGCGGGGCUACGUGCGCGAGUGGUCGCACCCCUGCACCGAGUGCGGCAAGCGCUUCCGCCUCAAGAUCAACCUCAUCAUCCACCAGCGCAGCCACGCCAAGGAGGGGCCCUACGAGUGCGCCGUGUGCGAGAUCAGCUUCGCCGACAAGAGCCACCUGGACCUGCACCGCAGCAUCCACACGGACGGCAGGGCCUUCGGGGCCAAGGUGUGGGGCAACGUGCACCCGGAGCUGCGCAUCCGGCCCAGGAAGAAGCUCUGCGGGGCUCUCUACGGAGGGACCCCCCGCCUGGAGCACAAGGAGCCCUGGCUGGGCCCCGUGAAGAGCGAGCCGGACGCCAGGAGCCCGCCCAGCACGCAGCUCUCCCCCAACCACAGGCGCCAGGCGCACGAGAAGCCGCUGUCCAAGUGCCCCGUUUGCCGGAAGAAUCUCUCCUGCACCUUCUCCCUGCAGAGGCACCUGCGGACGCACGCGCGGGACCGGCCGCACCACUGCAGCGAGUGCAAGAAGUCCUUCACGCGCAGCACGCACCUCAAGCGCCACCAGAAGAUCCACGAGCGCCAGAGGGCCCUGGAGAAGCUGCAGCAGAGCAAGCCGGACCGGGCUGAGCUCGACGCUUCUACGGCGACCACAACAGCGACCACAACGUAG